CCACAACUUUUAAAAAGGAGAGGGGGGGGGGCGGGAAGAAGGGUAGUGUUAGUACUUGGUUGGGGAGUGUUGCUUCAUGUCUUGUGGUGAAGAGAAUGGGAAUUACGGGGAAGCCCUUGUCUGUCCCCUCUGCCUCGGGUUGUUUGUGGAGCCUGUUCUGGUGGACUGCGAGCGGAACUUCUGCCGCUCCUGCAUCGUGUCCUACAGGGAGGCGCAGGGCGGCUCGGUGUGUUGCCCGCAGUGCGGUGUGAGCACCCCGCGGCUGCUGCUGCAGCCGAACCGCGUGCUGCGGAACGUGGUGGAUAAGAUUCGGCGGCUGACCAGCCCGCAGCAGGAGCUGAGCGAGGAGGAGAGGCGCCUGUGUCCGGAACACCAGGAGAAGCUGACCCUGAUCUGUGAGACGGACGGCAUGAUUAUCUGCCUGGUGUGCAGGGACUCCAAGCUUCACAAGCAGCACCAGUUCAGGGAGCGAGCUGAAUUCCUGGCCACCUGCAAGAAUAAAGGAAACAUGCUGUUAAACUCUCUCAACCAGAAGGUGGUCUCUUUGAAAGAUGUGGUGCAGAAACAAGUCCUGGAGAUUGCACAGACGAAAGAUGUCGGCUGCAGUCUGAUCUGCCACAUUGCUCAGCAGUUUGCUGACAUGCACAAGUUCCUCAAUGAGCAUGAGCAGCAGCUCCUGGAGAAGCUGGAGGCUCAUGUGGAAGGGAACCUGGCGGAAAUGGAAAGGAACCUGGCAAAGCUGCGGGCACUGCUCUUCUCCACUGAGCAGGACAUCGUGUGUAUUCAGGCUAAACUGGAUCAAGGUGAAUUGGCAUCUCUUAAGGAGGUUGGCUCUUGGAGGGACAGGGAUUCUGAAGAGAUGCUUACUGCUCUGCCUGGGAAUGUGUGCCUGGGAACAUACAAAGGUCCAUUACAGUACAAGCUAUGGAGAGAAAUGAAGAGUGCCAUCCACCCAGUUCCCCACAGCCUGACCCUGGAUCCUCAAACUGCAAACCCUUGGCUCCUGCUGGCGGAUGACCUGACCAGUGUGACUGUCAUUGAAACCAAGCAGAUUCUCCCUGAUGGCCCGGCCAGGUUUGACGUGUGCGUGUCCGUCCUGGCCACACAGGGUUUCACAACGGGUAUGCACUACUGGGAGGUGGAGGUGAGCGGCAAGUCCAAGUGGGACCUGGGUGUGGCCAGAGAAUCCAUUAACAGGAAGGGGGACAUCGCUUUGAAGCCAGAGAAUGGCUACUUGGCAAUUUCCCUGAGCAACGGAGGGCAGUACUGUGCUCUGACCUCCCCCACUAUCACUCCCCUACCCCUGAGUGGCACACCCAGUCAGAUUGGCAUUUACCUGGACUACGAGGGAGGCCAAGUGUCCUUUUACAAUGCCACUGACUUUGCUCAUCUCUACACCUUCACUGAGACCUUUACUGAGAAAAUGUUCCCUUACUUUUGCCCCUGUCUGAAUGAUGGGGAUAAUGGUGCCCCCCUCUCUGUGGUUUCCUCUCGGUAGAUUAUUUUUCAAGUUCUGUUUAAUGCUAGCACCUCCCUAGGUUGGUGUCAAAUUGGGGAAAACACUUGAGUGCACCUGGGGUGACAAAGUGGGAGCAAUAAACCAAACUAUUCUAAUUAAUUUUCUAACCUUUAUUGGCAAUGCAUCCAGAGUGCAUUGAGUGAACUCUGCUGUAUAUACAAUCUGUAAUGCCUGACCGAGUGUUUCUAGCCUACCUGU